AUGCGGGAAGUUGCUAAUUUCAAUCGUUAUGAUAAGUUUAAAUCAAAACAAGAUGACACUGGGCGUAAGACACAAAUGUUUGCACCAAGAUCCUCGAGCUCCCGUCUUAGUCAAAGAUUCACACAAAAAAAGCCAUCAAAUCAAUCAAUAGAUCUCUCCUUCACGUUUCUAAUGAGACACAAUUUUAAUGACAGUACACGUAUCAGUAAACAUAAUAAUACCAAAAACGUGUCCAGUAGAUACGUAAACAGCUAUGUCAAUAAUUAUGACGACUCACUAAAUAAUAAUGAUCUGUCUGAUUUCAAACCAGUCCAAUGUUCGACACCUAAACAAAGAUUUGUGAGAGAUACCACAAUUACCAGAGUCGAUAAGAAAAGUAGUAGUUACCAAAAUCGGACGGCAAAGAGUAACUCUAAAGUUAACAAAAGAGUGCCAGCCAAUAAAAAUUUCAAUCGGUCUUUCAGCGCUAAGCUACUAGAUGUCUUUAACAGUUCCUGUGCAACAGUUGUCCAGGGCUUUAAAAAGGUGUUCGGUAAGAAAACGAACGAAAGAACAAUUCAAUACGACGAUUCUUGUAGUUACAGUUUCACUAAUUACGUGAGAAAGAGACAACACGUGGGCAGUGACGAAAUACGCAAUGCCAAAGAAUUUUCUUCGUGUAGCACUUGCAAUAAUACACUUGAACUGAAGGAUAAAAUGGCCAACGAUGAAUGUUUGAAACAGACUAUUAAAAAACUUAAACAAGGUAUUAACCUAUUUGGAUGUGAUUUUAAGGUAAGGGCAAAAUGA